GAAACUGCGUCCUUCGUUUCGGACUACAUCAAAGCACAUCCGGAUCUCGAAUCCGACCCCACGCAUAUCAUCGAAGGAUGGGGAUGGGACCAUGCGUCCUGGGAUGUUGAGAAGAUGCCGACUUGGCGUGAUUUAGACGCUUAUCCUCUCAUCAAGGGCCACCCUGUCAUACUUCAAAGUCGUGAUGGUCACGCCAUCUGGGUAUCGCGAGCUACCCUGGAUGCAAAUGCACCCUUCCCCGAUUCGGUUGAAGGUGGUGUUAUCUUGCGUGAUGAGAAUGGGGAGCCAACAGGUGUAUUCAUUGACAACGCUCAAGAACUCAUCAAACACCCGAUUCUCACUGACGACGACCUCUAUCGCCGCUUCAAAACCACAGUGGACCACAGUCUCCAACACGGUCUCACGUCCUUGCACGACGCAGGAUUCAAGCCCGAUUCCUGGCUUUCUUCCGACGGUAUGCUGCGUCUCCCCGGCCUCUUAUAUGAACCUUACGCGGAUAAUCCAUCUACUUGUGGCCAAAUGCGUCUUCCUGAUCAUGUGUUUCACGCAGUCAUCCCCCAGUUCCUCGAGGAUGGCUGGCAAGUGAACGUCCACGCGAUUGGCGACCGCGCCAAUGGUGUCGUUUUAGAUGCGUUCGAGGAGGCUUUAAAAGGAGCAAACUCUUCUGCUCUCAGACCACGGCUUGAGCAUGCGCAAAUCAUGACCAAGGAGGAUAUGGCGCGUCUUGGAAGGCUUGGAGUCAUUGCUAGCAUUCAGCCAACACACGUAAUAAGUGAUAUGUGGUUCGCGGAACCCCGCCUCGGCCCAGAACGAGUAAAAGGCCUCUACGCAUUCCGCAGUCUCCUCGACAACGGCGCACGCAUCACCCUCGGCUCCGAUUUUCCCGUCGAGGGCGUUAACCCACUUGCAGGAUUCUACGCCGCCAUUACAAGGGUGUCUUUUGAUGGCAAAUCACCUCACGGAAAAGGGGGUUGGUUCCCUGAACAGCGUCUCACCCGCCUCGAAGCCCUCCGCGGCAUGACCAUCGACCCAGCCUACGCGUCCUUCACAGAAGACACAUUAGGUUCACUGGAGGUGGGCAAGAGGGCAGAUUUUGUGGUGCUAGAUCGGGAUAUUAUGGAAGUGAGUGCGGAAGAAAUUAUGGAGACGAGGGUGUUGGCGACGUUUUUGGACGGAGCCGCUGUUUUUGGGAGCCUUUGA